AUGGACACCUGCAACUUGGAAAUUCUUAAUAUUCAUUCGCAUUCACGUUAUGUGGACGAUAAUUUGGAGCGUUUUGAGAUUUGGUGCCCUACCUGCAAGAGUCUGGGCGUCGAGAAGAAGACGGCACAUUUUCUUUCUGCUGUUGGAAAGGAAGCUUAUGGGUUGAAUAAAAAAUGGUCAUUCCCAGAGUCACCAAUACAACUGCAGUACAAAGAACUGAAGGAUCUGUUACUAAAGCAUUUCCAGCCAGUCAACUUCGAGGCAGCUGAGAGAGCGAAAUUCUAUCGCCUUGCUCGUGAUUCUAAUCAGUCCGUCCGAGACUUUACUCUUCAGUUGUAG